AUGGCACACCUGGCAAGUGCAGCGGAGGAGGUGGGCCAGCUCUUGACGCGGCACCACGGCGGUCUGGACUGGCCGGCGCUUCUCGGCUCCCUGCGCCAGCUCGCGUUCGACGUCAACCAGAGCGGAACCACGACCACGACCGCGGGAGCCGUCGCCGCAGAGAAGGUGCGCCCGCUGGCCGACCUGUUCGUCGAGGUGUUCGCCCUGUCGUCCAAGAUAUCACUCGUGCUCGACGAUGCGGGGGUGACCGACCGCGUCGCCGCCAUCUUCGCGCGGCAUGCCGACCCGGCCUCGCUGGCCAUCGCGGCGGCGGGCGGUGAGAAGAACAUGGACGGCCUGGUGCAGGACUUUGCCGAAGUGGUGGAGCUGGCCUCGGUCACGACCCUGCCCACGCUCUACGCCACGGUCACCAACGACUUCUUCGCCGGCCUGCGCAGCCUCCAGGGCGAGUCCGCCAGAGGUCAGGAGCUCCUGGCCCGCGCGCUGCAGUACCUGGCCAGCAAGUCCGACCAGAGCCAGGGCUAUCAAAUACUGGGCGAGGAUAAGCCUUACUUGAGCGGCCGCUUCUUCAACUCGGAGGAGAAAGGCGUGUACUUGUACAACGGUUCCUUUGGUCUGCUGCAGGUGGGCAUCCCGCCCGAAACCAUCAAGACCUACAUGAGCAAGGGCCAGCCCGUGCCGCACAUCUACGUGCUGCCUCCCCGCUUGUUCAUGGGCGCCGUCAAUUUUGGCGAAGUCGAGUUCCCCAUCUACUUCAACUUCUUCAUCAAGAAGGCCUUCCAGAACCCUGACCUUCGAGUGAUCAUGAUCGGUACCAAGGAUCAGUUGGAAAAGGUCAGAGUGUCCUUCCAGGAGUCGGUGUUUGGCCCCGAGGAACACCACCUUUACAUC